UUAACAGAACGUAGAAUAUCGACUUUGAAUUCGCAGUAAUCUCCUUCUUCCGAUAAGCGUUAACCAGAUGAAAUUUUUUUCAAUCCUCUGAAACAAUUCAUCCGAAGAUGCAACUGUUGAAUGUUCACUAUGAUCAACCGAAAAUUUUUCUAUAACAACUAUCUCAUACAUUUGAAACUGUCUAAUUUCUUUAUGCGUUUCUGAUUAUCGUUUCAACCUUUUUGUGCCCAGUGACGAAGUUUAUCUUUUUGAUUUUUGUGACUUUGUUUGUGAGAAAAGACUUAAAAUGGCUGACUUCACCAAACGACAGUGGUUGACCUUAAUUGUUAUUGGCAUUGCUGAUUUCUGCAAUGCCAUUUGUGUUUCACUCCAAGCUCCUUUCUACCCUCAAGAGGCUGAGAAAAAAGGAUGUUCAGCAACAGAAUAUGGAUUUGUUUUUGGAGUAUUCGAAUUGGUAGUUUUUAUCAUAAGCCCAAUAUAUGGUCAACAUCUCAAUAGAAUCGGAGCCAAAGUAACUUUUAACGCUGGUAUCUAUACUACUGGAAUCUGUGCAAUUCUUUUUGGCCUUCUUGACAGAGUUAAUGGACAUACUCCUUUUAUAGUUCUUAGUUUUACCAUAAGAAUAAUAGAAGCUCUGGGAAACGCUGCAUUUCUCACAGCCAGUUUUGCCAUCAUUGCCAAAGAGUUCCCUAAUAAUGUGGCAGUCACUUUUGCAUCUUUGGAGACAUGUUUCGGUUUUGGAUUAAUUGUGGGACCAACUGUAGGUGGAGCACUCUUUCAACUUGGGGGUUACACCUUACCUUUUGCUGUUAUGGGAUCAGCACUGUUCGCUUCUGCUGUUUUGACUGCAUUUGUGUUACCCAAGUACGAGGAAGGUGUGGAUAGAGAAACAAGACAAUCAAUGACAAGAAUUUUGAAAAUUCCUGGGGUGCUACUAGCCACAUGCAGCAUCGUAGUUACCAGUAUGUCUAUUGGAUUCUUACAAGCUACCCUAGAGCCUCAUCUGCGACAGUUUAUGUUGUCCCCAAUGAUUCUGGGUGUUAUGUUUGUGAUCAACGGUGGAACCUACGCGCUGACUUCAACAAUUUUCGGUUGGCUUUGCGAUUCUAAAAUACAUCCGAAGUAUGUUACUGUGGUGGGUUGCUUCUUCGUAGCAGCAGGCUUUUGUCUCAUAGGACCAGCUCCUUUCAUACCCUAUGAAACGACUCUUUGGUUGACUAUAUCGGGACUUGUAUUACAUGGAUUAGGAAUGGGUUCCCAACUAGUAGCAUCAUUUUCCGAUGCCUUGAGAACAAGUGUGGCAAAUGGAUUUCCCAACAGUAUCGAAACCUACGGUUUGGUGUCUGGAUUAUGGACGAGUACCUUUGCGCUUGGAGCCUUCAUCGGUCCAUCCAUAAGUGGAAUCCUUUAUGAUAGUGUUGGUUUUCGCCAUGCCAGUAUGUUUAUCGUGGGGGUACACAUCUUGGUCGGACUGACGGUGAUGAUCUUCAUGCUAUUUCAACGUUCCAAGCCUAAUUACGUUGAGCUCAAAGACGAUAAAUUACCACCUAGCACGGAUGACUCAAAUGCUAGGGGAAAAACCAUGCCGUCUAAUAUUACAGAUAGCGUGAAGAGUUUGAGAAGUAUCGUCAACGGAAUUUCAAUAGAGCAAAGCCGACCACCAGCUAUGAACAGCUUAAUAGCGUGCAACAGCUACAAGAGCAAAGCAUGGCCAACAAGAGAUUUAGGCAGUCUAACAUUAGGUCCUUACAGCCGCAGCUAUGGAACAGUUGAUGGAGAGAGGCGCGAAAAUGCUACAUCGUAUUUGCAAGGUGUAGCUUAGGAAAAUGAACAAACCCAACUCUACUCCAAAAUCCUCGCAUAGAUUGAGAAAUGAAAAGGAAAUAAAAGAGAAUUUUUUUCUACUUCAAAUAUUUCUGCAGUUCUUUUAAAGUGUUCUAACUGUAUUUGUCGAGAAACGAUUUGAUAUAUCGAUCGGAUUUUAAUAGUAACAAACUGAAUAAAUCUAGAAGUAUA